CCCCCGGGGGUGGGGCUGCAGUACUGUCCUCUUGAAAGAGUAUUGACAGAUAGAGGCGAGGGAGAAGUUGUUAUCCCCAUGAUUGCUUUCAUAGAGGGAGGGAUGACACUUCCCAUGCGUAGGAUUACAAGGGAAUACCUGUUCAACCAUAGGUUGACGCCGCAUCAGUGUGCCCCAAACAUGUUCAAGAUACUAGGCUGUGUAGAUGUCCUAGACGAGCGGAUGAAUCUAGGCCUUACCUGGCACGAUGUGGUUUAUCUGUACGAGUGUCACCACAUCGAGAACAGAGGGUAUUAUCUUAAAUCCCGAUCCGAGGUCGUUAGGUUGAUCUCUUGUCUCCUAAUAUCCAAUAAGACCGUGAAGAACGAUUUCCUUAUUGCUUCGGGGGAGUGGUUCGAUGGUAUUCAUUGUCCAACUUGGGCAAGAAUCCCAGGUGCGGCGUCUUUAGGGCCAAUCCUUUUCGGGAAAGGGUUUAGUAUUGGGGGGUUAUUUUUCUCGCUUUCUUUACAAUUGGAAAAUUUCAUGAACUAAUCCCACUUUUCUUGGACGUUUGCAGAUAAAGUUCAUGUCGCUCCUCGGCUGAACCUCGUGAAUGUGCCGGCGUUGAACUACCUUCUAAGGUCGGAAAUUUACGUUACCGAGGACGGACAGUUACGUGCGGCUCAUCUGGUUCUGGGCUAUCAACCUCUAAGCCGCUCUUUCCAAGCUAUCGGUCACGCCAUAAGGGCUGGCAGUCCGAGGUUGGCUAGGAUUGACGUGUCUAAGACCGGGUUCCUAGCUCGACGUGAUCUUCCACCAGUCGUACUACCCGGCGUUCGAGAUCCCUAUCUAGCAGAGCAACUACCUCCACCAGACGAGCCUGGCGUUGCUGUUCCGGUUGAAGGGGAAGCCGAAUCAUCUCGUCUUUCCCUUGAGGAAGAGAUAGACGAGUUUUAUUUCGAGGAGGAGGUUCAGCAAGCCCCCUUGGUUGAGCUUUUUGAUCCUGAAGGAGAGCAGGACCAACACUCCGCAGUUGGUGCUCCCAUAAUCAUAACCUGCUCGGAUGACCCCUCGGACGAAGAGAUAGAACCCAUGGCCAGGAAGGGAAAAACUUUACUGGAGUUGAUGGCCUCCCGAGGGAAAGGUCAAUCAUCAAAAGGUCAGUCAUCAAAAGGACCAACUCAGUCACAGGCCGAGACCCUUCCCCUUGUGGUCUCUCAGAUUCCCUCGAACCUAGGCCUUAAGGUUAAUCCGAACCUGAAGAAGAAAAGGCCGGUUGACACUCCUGAGGAGGGUGAGGUGGUUGCCCAGCCGACCAAGCAGCAAAAGACCACCCGGGCGCCAAGGAGCAGAAGGGGUGACUCCGCGGAAAGCCGGGAUGAGGAGAACCGUGCUGAGGUGCGCGCCACCCCGCGCACAUGGAGCCCCAAGUUGGAGCUAGAUGGGGUUGUCAUUCCCUACAAUGCGUCAAUCCGAGAGUAUAACUGGGGCCGAGCAGGGUACGUAGCUGAUGCCUUGGAGCAACCCCUACUCCUCCCUCGGGAUAUGGAGGCCUACAGGCGGUUCUCUCAGCCCGAGAUUUUCCUAUCCCUCAAAAGGGAUCUCGCGAUGAUUACUCAGCAGGUAUUUGUGGCGGAGGAGCUUUGUCGUGAUAAUCGCAGUCGGGCUGAGGCUGAGACCCAGUCUCGGACGGAGAUGGAGAAAGCCUUGGGGUCCCUUAAGCACAAUCACCUUGAACUCGCGGAGAAGUUCAAGGAGUUGGAGAAACGGCACAAGAGUGCAGAGGCCGGUUUGAAAAGUGCUGAGACCCAUGCGGAGGAUCAGCGCAAAGAGCUGUACUCGACCCAGAUCAACCUUGCCACCGAGAAGCAAGCAGUGCUGGAUCUCAAGGUUGCUCUGCAGAAAGUCGAGGAUGACCUGCGGCGGGUCAAAGAGGAGGCUCAGCUGAUCCGAGAGGCUGCAGAGGCUGAAAAAAGAAUUCCUGCGGAUUCGGCGCUAAGACUGCCCGAGAAUAUCUUCUAUCUUCAGGAGAUCCGAGAGAAUCCUGAUGGUGCCCAAGCGGCUUCGGAGCAGGAGCAGGAUCUGGCGGUGCCUGAUGCCGUCCCUGCGCCUGAUAAAGCGAAGGAUCCUGCCACAGACCCUACCAUCGAGGCUCCUCCUCCUCAGCCAAAGCAGAAAGAAGAUCCUCCUGUUAAGGCUUAG